GGAACUAUUGAGCAGCUCAUGCUUUUUGGGGAAGAAUUAACCUCGGACACAACCUCACACACAAGCUGAUGCAAGUUGAAUGAGUGAGCUGACAGCUGUGGGGGAAUAUUACGGAACGUUUGAAGGCGAUGACAGACUGUCAGGGAGACGGGGGAGCAGCCAGGAGUCCAAUGGAGCUGUAUGAAGAAGUGACAGCACAAGGAGAGCAAGUCAGGGCCUUGAAAACAGCCAAAGCGGAGAAGGCUGAUAUCGAUGCUGCUGUUAAAUUGCUGCUGAAACUGAAAGUGGACUACAAACAGAUGACAGGUCAGGAUUACAAAGCAGGAUGUCCACCUUCAGAAAAUUCAGUAGUGCCUGACAAUGGGCCGACAGCAGAUGGUGCUGAUGAUGAAGACACAGUUAACCCGUGGAGCGUCUCCACCACUAACGCCAAGGGAGUAGACUACGACAAACUCAUAGUGAGGUUUGGCAGCAGCAAGGUUGACAAGGAGCUGGUGGACAGAAUAGAGAGAGUCUCAGGACAGAAACCUCAUCGCUUUUUAAGAAGAGGGAUCUUCUUCUCACACAGAGAUAUGCAUCAGGUACUGGAUGCAUAUGAGAAGCACAAGUCCUUCUACCUUUACACUGGCAGGGGUCCAUCCUCUGAGGCCAUGCAUGUGGGUCACCUGAUUCCUUUCAUCUUCACAAAAUGGCUGCAGGAUGUGUUCGACAUCCCUCUGGUGAUCCAGCUGACUGAUGAUGAGAAGUACCUGUGGAAGGAUCUGACACUGGAAGAUUGCCACCGGUUCGCAGUGGAAAAUGCCAAGGACAUCAUCGCUUGCGGCUUUGACAUCAACAAGACUUUUAUCUUCUCUGACCUCGAUUACAUGGGUUCUUUACCUGAGUUCUACAGGAAUGUGGUAAAGAUACAGAAACAUGUGACAUUCAACCAGGUUAAAGGCAUCUUCGGCUUCACAGAUAGUGACUGCAUCGGAAAGAUCAGCUUCCCAGCCAUCCAGGCAGCCCCGUCCUUCAGCAACUCCUUCCCACAGAUCUUUGGAGGCAGACACGACAUUCAGUGUCUCAUCCCCUGCGCCAUCGACCAGGAUCCUUACUUCAGGAUGACCCGUGAUGUAGCCCCAAGGAUCGGAUAUCCCAAACCAGCUUUGCUGCAUUCCACCUUCUUUCCGGCCCUACAGGGGGCUCAGACGAAGAUGAGCGCCAGUGACGCCAACUCCUCCAUCUUCCUCACUGACACACCCAAGCAGAUCAAAAACAAGGUCAACAAACACGCAUUUUCGGGAGGUAAAGAUACAGUGGAAGAGCACAGGAAGUACGGCGGUAACGCAGACGUGGACGUCUCAUUCAUGUACUUAACCUUCUUCCUGGAGGACGAUGAAAAACUGGAGAAGAUUAGACAGGACUACACAAGCGGAGCCCUCCUAACAGGAGAGCUGAAGAAGCUUUUAAUCGAAACUCUGCAGCCGAUGAUCGCCGGGCACCAAGAGCGACGCAAACAAGUCACAGACGACACAGUCAAACAGUUCAUGACCCCCAGACCUUUAAAUUUUAACAUCUAAACCUUGCUUAAGUGUAUCAUGAUGUUAACCCCUGAACAAAUAAGGGAUCCCACUUCAUAUGUAGAAAUUACAACAGAAAGACGGACAAUAAAGUUCGCAUCAGGACUGGAGAAAAGUUGAAAUGUAACGGACUAGAGCAACAAUGUGCACAUCUGUGUCAACAUCAGCAUGGCGUUGCUUCAUGCUACUUCAUGCUAAUUGUCAUGCUUCACACUGCUCUAACUGUACAUGUGUGUCUUCAUAAAGUCCAUCUGCAGUGUUGCUGUAACAUUACAUGGGUCUUAAACUUCACCUUGAAACAGGUUCAAGGUAAAUGACAAUUAAAGCGAAGUACAAAUGUACAGUCUGUCGCAAAAUGUACUGGUUUGUUUAAUCUAAAAUAUGCUGAUGACAGUAACAGAAAUACACAUUCAUCAAGUUAAGGCAAAUUCUAAAUAAUUUCAUUUUGCAGUUAUUAAAAGAUGCUGGAUGGUAAAUUACAUGGUAUUAAAUUGUACUUAAAUACAUAUAUGAAAA